AUGCCUUCAAUCGAUGUCGCCAUGGCGAGGAGUCUUCGAGGGGGGUUGUGGGGCUCAGUGGUGUCGAGCAUGGCCGCGAACAUUGAGAACCGCGGAAUCACAGAUACGGUAAACAACGCCGGAAGCCAGAUCAACGAUGUGAAGACGGCCUUUUCGAGCUGGGACAACUGCAUGGCUGCCACGUACUGCAAGUAG